CGGGCAGUCCUUGUCCGCCAGAGGAGAGAUCGAGCAGGUCGCCAGGAAGCUGGCAGACCAGGGUUUUUUCUUUCAGUGACAUUCAAGACAUUCUCGAGUUUGCUGAUGUUCUGAUAGGAGAUAAGACUUGGGACAAAGGGAAGGAGACACUUCUUCACACAGAGAGUGGUGAGGGGAAGGAAGGGGCAGCCUAGUGAUGUUGCUGAGGCACAAUCACUGGGAUCCUUUAAGUUUUGAAAACAAUCAGCUGCUGGAAGUGGAUGAGUGCUGAUGGGAUGAAGGCCUCCUCUUGUUCUUGUGUGAACAGUAAAGCGCUGCUGUGGUGCUUCAUGUGCUUGCCCUGGUGGAGCUGUGGAGUGCUGUGGUGCUUCAUGUGUUUGUCACAGUGGAGCUGUGGAGUGCUGUGGUGCUUCAUGUGUUUGUCACAGUGGAGCUGUGGAGUGCUGUGGUGCUUCAUGUGCUUGUCACAGUGGAGCUGUGGAGUGCUGUGGUGCUUCAUGUGAUUGUCACAGUGGAGCUGUGGAGUGCUUGAUGUGUUUGAUGUGCUUGCCCUGGUGGAACUGUGGAGUGCUGUGGUGCUUCAUGUGCUUGUCACAGUGGAGCUGUGGAGUGCUGUGGUGCUUUAUGUGUUUGUCACAGUGGAGCUGUGGAGUGCUUGAUGUGUUUGAUGUGCUUGUCCUGGUGGAACUGUGAAGUGCUGUGGUGCUUCAUGUGUUUGUCACAGUGGAGCAGUGGAGUGCUUCAUGUGUUUGAUGUGCUUGUCCUGGUGGAGCUGUGGAGUGCUGCUAUAACACUGUGGUUUCUCUAUGCAGGUACAGUUUGUAGCUGUGAACUGUUGGUGGAACCAAGGGAAAUGCAGGAAGCAGAAUAACUUCUAUCACUAUCCUGUCAUAUACCUGUACCACAGAAGGUUUGGCCCCAUUGAGUACAAUGGUCCCAUCACAGCUGCCUAUGUGGAGAAGUUCAUUCGCAGGGUGAUCACUCCUCUCCAAUACGUUCCUUCCCGAGCCGGACUGCAAAACUUCUUGUCUCAUUACGAGCCAGGGGUUCUGGGAUACUUUGAAUUCAACGCCUCUCCACAGCCCCCUGGGUACCUGACCUUCCUCGCCUCUGCUCUGCAGGCUCUCAGGAGAGAUUUCCAGGGUGUCGUGCGUUUUGGGGUGAUAACAAGUAAGGAGGUGGCAAAAGCAAUUUCACUGGACACUCCUGGGACAGUCUACAUGCACAGACACUUCAACACGUCUCUGACGUUCCCGAGCCACCUGCUGAAUUUCACCUCGGAGAAUAUCUGCCGGUGGGCCUUGGAGCACCAGGAGAGGCUGGUGCGCUGGCUGUGUCCUCACGAAGGGAAGAGCCGCGCUCUGGAGCAGGAGCUGAGGAAGGGGGUGGCGCUGCUUGUCUUCCUGCCCUUCGACCCCCUGGCCCCCAGCCAGCCCCUCAUAGAGGAGGUGGCAAAGAUUGCUGUGCAGUAUCACAGCUGCAAUGGCUCAUUCUGGUCUGGCUUCAUGGAUCCGGCAGUGUGGGGCGAACCUGGCUCCCUGAGCAGAGCCCCCUGCUGCAACACGCUGGCUCUCCCGCACUGGCUGUCCAUCUCCAGGACUCAUAAUGUCUGUGAGCUGUGCCUCGAUCAGUCCCUCGGGCCCCAGCCCUGCCCCUCCCUGGACUUGCUGUACCUCCGAGAGGACUCCUUCACACAGCCCAUCUCCGGGAAGGUGCAGUGCAGCCAUGUCCUGAGCUCCUCCAGCCCCCUAGACUACUACACUGCCUGCUGCUGGGGUCUCAGGAAGGGCUCUACAAAGCAGCAGGACAGGCGCUCUGUGCUGCCUCACAUUGAGGACAGCGGCUCUGCUUCUGCACACAGCGCUGUUACAGGGCUCAAGUGUAGGACUAACAAGACCCUGAACUUUUACUUGCUGGACUCGGGGCUGCAUUGGGAGUUUGCCAGGAGGCUGGGCGCCCCGGAGAACGCCAGCAUGACAGGGUUUGCCACUGUGCUGAACCUUCAGGAUGAGGUGCACCAUGUCCUGGACCAGGAGCAGGGCAUUGUGGGAAGCACGCUGGAGUCCUUCAUUCAGAACUACAGCGCCCCCUACAGUCCGCUGCAGAGGCACCUGAUCGGGGAGGCGGCGCGGGAGUCUGUGGGAGAGUCUUUCAUCACUGCAGUGACCACUCGGACAUUCCACAGAGCUGUGAUGGACUCUGAAAAGGACGUUCUCCUCUUCUACUACACUCAGUGGUGUGGCUUCUGCUCCGCUCUCAAUCACGUCAUCAUCCAGCUGGCCCGUCUCUCCCUGUCCAACCCCAGACUGGCUGUGUGCAGAAUAAAUGCUGCCAAAAAUGAUCUCCCGUGGGAGUUUAUGGUGGACCGUUAUCCAACCAUUCUGUUCUUCCCGAGCGACAGGAAACACCACAGUGUGAAGUAUCCUGAAGACACUCCCAUCACCCUCCCCAACCUGGUCCGAUUUGUACAGCAGCACGCCAGCCCGCUCCACUCCGCCUCCUCAGCUCUCCACCGAGAGAAGGAACCGCUGCUGCAGAACCUGUCUCCAUCGCCAUCGGACAGCAGGGCCAGCGCACACCAGGGAGAGUCCAAGAGCAGCGCCGCACACCAGGAGGAACCCCCUUGUGAAUGAAAAGUGACUCUCGGGGUUGGCGUGGAUGAAUCUGGAGGGGGAGACACAGCCAGGCUCCUCCCAGCACUGUCUCCAUUUUACAAUUGGCAGCUGAUGGACAGUACAUGUUUUGAUUUUGGAAGAUUUUUUCUCUGGAGAUAAUUGUUAUUUACAUGUUUUUUUUUUCAGUUUUAGAACUGAUGCAGAACUUGAUGAUGAGAAUGAAGAGAACAUAAUAUAAAUAUAUUUUUUUACAAGAAUUCCCUGCAGUAAAGAAGUAUCUGUUCUGUUAACUGUUCAGGUAAAAAAAUGAAUGAAUGAAAUGCCUCAUUUGUUUACACGUUGGAUAUUGCACAAUUUUUUUUUUUUUAUACAAAUUAAACUGGGUUAAUUUACUCAGCUUUUGAGAUGUUUGCUUAUCUUCAGAUUUUUGUAAAGAUUAAAUCUACAGAAAAUACCAAUUGCUUAAAAUAAAUGGUGGUGUUGGCAGAAAAGUGGAGCAAAGGAAAUAAGAUUUCA